AUGGGUUCCGAACUUGGCGUCACCGCCACUUCGAAGCCUGGUCCUGUCAUUAACACUGCCACUAUCUUCUGGAUGGCCUUCGGCGUCGUCUGGACUCUGGUUCUUUGCCUCGGCGUGGGUUAUCUGAUCAAGAAUCGCAACACCCCCACCGUUCGCAUCCGCGGUCUCUGGCUAUGUCUCUUCGCCAUCGUUUUCCUGCAUCUCUACGCCUGGUCCGUCCAGUUCGGUCCCAUGCUUGGCCCUAUGAUGCCGGGUGAGGCCGAAUACUGGCUUAUGGGCCUCUGGCUGCCUUUGGGCCUGUCAUUCUUUCACGCAUCCAACGCUCGCUUCCUCUACGUCGCCCGCCUGCAGAAGAAGUUUGUCUACCCCAGCAACCGCCUCAACACUAGUUCGCGGGGUCAGUCUAAUUCUCUGAUCGCUCGCUUCCGCCGCCUCGACUACUCCUCCAAGAUCUUAAUUACCGUAGGCCUCGGAACCUUGAUUCAGAUGAUGCUUACUGUUUUGAUGUACUUGAUUUCUCGCAAAUAUCACAGUUCAUGGGGUAUUCCUGGUACAGAAGUUACCGGUGGCCCGGUUUCGCUUGGUUGUUCCUCUGGUGCUGGGUUGUUGCCCCCCUACGUUCUCUGGAAGUCGUGGGACAUUAAGGAUACCCAGGGCUGGCGCCUCCAAACCAUUGGUUGUGCCAUUGCCGGCCUCCCCGCCAUUCCGAUGUACCUGGCUGCCCUGUACGCCCCCGCCAUGGCCAAGAUCCAAUCUGUGUGGAUUCCACCUCAAUGGAUUUGCCUGUCGAUCUUCUUCAUUGAAAUCUUUACCAUCGGUGUCCCCUGCUGGGAGGUGGCGAACCGCCAGGUCCUCAUCCAGGAGACUUUGAACUCCAUUGCACACUGGGAAGUCAAGAAGAAUGUUGGCGGCGAGAACAAGUCUAUCGAAUCCGGUAGUACGAUGAUCGGAUCAUUGCUUUCCGGUUUUAAGUCCAUGACUGGAUCCGUCAAGACCGACCACUCCAGCGACAGUAUCUUGACCAUGGGCGCCCUGGAGCAUGUUCUCGAGCGAAACCCGGCUCCUCUGCAGGAAGCAUGCUCCCCGCAGCUUUGCGCGAAGGUUCCGUCUCGGGGAUCCGAUCGCGAUGCCGUGCGCCACUCUUUCAACCGCGCUCUGGCCAUUUACGCAGAGUACGUCAGCCCCGCCCACGCUGAAUUCCCUGUCAAUCUCUCCUCCAGCGAUGUGAGGAAGCUUGAUCAAGUCUUCGAGAAGCCUGCUCGUAUCGUCUACGGCGAAGCCGAAGAAGCAGCUCAGCCUACCAACCCCGUCUCUCCUUUCCGCACCGAGUUUGAUUUGCCUGCUACGUCGCCCAUGUCCAGUGCUACGCACGUGCCUAACCCGCCUAAGUCCCCCACCAUGCCUCUUUCUCCUACCUCGACUCUGUUCCAGACCCCGUCCGCCAACUCUGGUGAGAAGGGCUUCAAGAAUCAGGUGGCUGAAGUUAAGGACCUUGUGAAGUUCUGGGGCGAGAUUUCUCCUGAGUUCGAUCACACCAUCUUUGAUGAUGCCGAACGCAGCAUUAAGUAUCUCGUUCUCACCAACACCUGGCCUAAGUUCAUCAAAAGUCAACGUGCCUCGACGGGCUCCUCCGUUACCCUCGAAAAUGGUUCGGAUGUGCUUUCUAUGGCUCGUGAGAAGUACGAGAAAUGA